AUGCUUUUCGGAAUGUUCUUCGCCUUUUGGCGCUUUUGCGAAAUCAUAACUCUGAUCCCAACCCUCGGCAUGCUCGCCUUCUUCGUCAACAUCUACGCAUCCAACAACGCGCUCACGCCCAACUACAUCCUGGUGCUCUUCAUCGUCUCGGUGCUCGCGUGCGCGUGGGCCAUCGCCACCCUGUUCACAUACCACCGCACGCGCUCCAACGCGCUCUUCGUCUCCUUCGUCGAUCUCUGUUUCGUGGGGGCCUUUAUCGCCGGCGUCUACGAGCUGCGCUUCAUCACCAAUUCGGAUUGUGCGCAUCUGGCGACGACCCCCGGGUACUACAUCAACUUUGGGGCGUUUGGAAAUGCGAAUGUUAAUGGGGUGAGUGUCAAGGUUGAUAAGACGUGUGCGAUGCUCAAAGCGUGCUUUGCCUUUGGAAUCAUGAAUUGCAUCUUCUUUUUUAUCACGAGUUUGCUGGCUUGUAUGGUGGGCAAGGGGCAUGAGAGGGCGGGGAGGAGAGAUGAGAAGGUUUAUGUGAGGGAGACUCAUGUGACCAGACAUGGACAUCGGAGAAGUGGAAGUCAUAGGAGUAGAAGAAGUGGGAGUCAUAGGAGGACGUAUGUUUAG